AUGAAUCUCAGUGUUAACAUAUUCAGAACGAUAGAAGAAAUAUUAUGGACAAUAAAAAAGCUAAAGAAUUGUAAACCUACAGAAUAACCAGUUCAAAACCAAAAUAUUGAGGAACACUAAUUAUUGGAUAGUGUACAAGAAGGUAACGAAAAAAAUUCUUUAUAAUCUUCGGAUAGAACUUGUUCUGAGAAAAUUGCUUCUUAAAUUUUAUUAAAUAAUUUGUUCAAUUAUAUAGAAGAUAUUAAAAGAGGAGUUGAUGAAUUAGUGAAGUAAAAUUAAAAUUGUAAGUGUCAAUAAUUUAAAGACCUUUAAAAUAUAAAUUAAGGAAAAAAUAAAUAUCUUUUAUUUGUUAAAAGUGAAAACACAUAUGAUAAGAGUACUGAUUCAAAUUAAAAUAAAGUUAUUUUAAGAAAUCUUAAAUAAGAUUUACAAGAUACAAAAACUUCACUAAUUUAACAAUAAAAGUAGUUGAGUUUAUAGAUUUAAGAGAUGAAUUAAAUAUUAGAAAAUAAAAAUAUGUUAGAUUCAACCCAGAAAAGAUAGAAAAUAUUUUAAUUUGAAUAUUAGCAAGAAGAAUCAAAAGAGAAUUUGAUUGCUCUUAAAUAAAUAUAAGAUUUAAAUAAGAAAUUAGUUGACUUAGAUAUAUCCUAUUAAGAAAAAUUAAAGUUAUGCAAAGCUAAAUUUGGUAUAAAAAAUUGA